GCCGAGGGCUGCGACGGUCGCCCCCGCUGGAUGGGUCCCGCCAAUUGGCGGCCGGGCGGCCUCGCCUCCCACGCCCGCGCGUCGACGGCCGAGGGCGUCGAGACCCGCGGGCCCUCCGGCGACACGCUCGCGAUCAUCGGGGCAAGCCUGGAGGGCAUGCAGGUUGAGGCGCAGGCGCCAGAUAUC